AUGCCGCCUAAGAAAAAUGAGGGCAGUAAGAAGAAACCAGCUGUAUCUGAGGGUGAUCAUGAAGAGAUUACAGUGGCGGAAAUACUCUCAAAAACUAUAGUUGGAGUAAUAUUACUAGCAUUAUUGUACCAGUUUUAUGUGUACAUACAAGUCUCCAUAGUAGCUGUCCCCGCUUUGCCGAAAUUCGACUUGAAUGUUUGGUGGGGGCCAAACAACACCAAAGUUCAAGAUAGUUCUAUAAGACCGUAUAGAAUUGUUUUGUCGGAUUCUAUGCAAGAGAACCUGCGGAGAAAAUUCGAAGCAUACCGUCGUGCGACACGAAUAAAAAGCUUGAAUGAGACCUCAGAAUACGGCAUCAACUCCGAAGUCUUAGGCCAGAUAUUCGCCCAUUGGCAAUUCAAAUAUAAUUACAGGGAACAGUCAAAAUACUUAAAUAAAUAUAGCCACUUUAAGACAAAUGUGCAAGGGUUAGAUAUACAUUUUAUGAGGGUGACACCUCAACCUACGACGGAAAAUGUUAAGGUUCUACCGCUGUUACUGCUUCACGGAUGGCCGAGUUCAGUGCGAGACUUUUAUGACAUUAUACCUCUUCUGACCACACCUAGAUCGGGACAUGAUUUUGUAUUUGAAGUUAUUGCUCCGAGUCUUCCAGGUUUCACAUAUUCCCAAGGAGCAGUUCGACCAGGACUUACAACCUAUCAAAUGGCCAUUAUCAUAAGGAACCUUAUGGAGAAAAUAGGCGUCAAACAAUUCUUCAUACAUGGGGAAGAUAUUGGGAGCACCAUCGGUUCUCAUAUAGCCACAAUAUUUCCGAAACAAGUUCUUGGAUUCCAUACUAAUACUCCUGUUAAUCUUUCAAAGCUGGCACAGUUGACUUUGUUCUUUGGAGCCAUAUUUCCUACAUAUACAGCGGGAGAUUUAGCCGACAAAAUAUACCCCUUAAAUGAUAAAUUUAAUUACUUUUUAGAAGAGUUUGGUUAUUUACAUUUACAAAGUACAAAGCCGGAUACCCUAGGUAUAGCUCUCCAAGAUUCUCCGUUGGGCCUUGGAGCUUAUAUUAUCGAGAAGUAUUUGCUGUUCACGAAUCCUAAUAAUAAGAUCAACCAAGAUGGUGGUCUUUCCACUUUUGAUAAAUCCGCGUUGAUUGACAAUGUAUUGAUGUAUUGGAGCACUGCUAGCAUCACUACAUCUCUACGAUUGUACAAAGAAAGCAUUAACAAUUACGAUACCGAAGAAUCCCUUGCAAGAAUCCCAACCAUAGUUCCGACAUGGGGUCUUAGAACGAAGUACGAUGUUAUUCAGCAACCUGACUUCAUCCUGCGAUGGAAGUAUCCGAACCUGAUCGGCAUUACUAAUCUGGACGUUGGUGGUCACUAUGCGACCUUUGAGAAACCUAAUGAAGUAGCUGAUGAUAUUUUCAAGGCAGUAAAGCAUUUUUUGACUAAAACAAAAUAA